AUAUCCGCUUAGGCUCUUCACCAGUUAUAGGAACAGUGAGAUAGAGAUGAAACACGGAAAAAAACAUCGAGCGGAGGUAGCAAAAAGCUUACCUGAGUGGCGAGACGAGUUUAUGUCUUACAAGGCAUUGAAGAGGGAAGUGAAACUGAUAAACCCCAUUCGUUUUAAUUCAAAUGGAAAGAAAAGGUCAAGAUCGUGGCCAACUGAAGAAAUGGGGUUUGCCCUGUUACUCGCCAGGGAACUUGAUAAGAUCAAUACCUUUUACAUCGACAAAGAGGAAGAUUACAUAAUCGGAUUCAGGGAGCUGGAAAUCAGGGCUGAAAACGUGAACGGUAAUGAAGAAAUGUUGGAAUUGCAGAAAGAAAUUUUGGGUUUUCAUUCAGAGAUGGUGAUGCUGCUACAUUACAGUGUCAUUAACUUUGCAGGGUUGAUGAAGAUCGUGAAGAAGCACAAGAAGCGGACGGGUGCCUAUACUUCAGUUUACUCAUUCUACAUGCCAAGAGUUCUUCAACAGCCAUUCUUCUCUACCGAUUUGCUUUACAAUCUUAUCAGAGGAUGUGAAGAAAUACUUGACCGUCUCUCUCCCCCCAGUCAUCCCUAA